AUGGUCGCCUUCGAUUAUGCCCCCGAGCGACCCGAACACAUCGACACCAUCCUCAACGGCCUCGACCGCUACAAUCCCGAAACCACAACAGUAUUCCAGGACUACGUCGCGCAGCAGUGCGAGAGCCAGACCUACGAUGCAUACGCGAAUCUGGCACUACUAAAACUAUACCAAUUCAACCCCCACCUCACGCGCGACGAAACAAGCACCAACAUCCUCGUCAAAGCCCUCACCGUCUUCCCCGCGCCCGACUUCAGCCUCUGCCUCUCCCUCCUCCCACCCCACAUCCUCGCCCAAACGAAACUCUCCCAGCAAUCGAAUGGCGGUCCGGCACCAGCCUCGGGUACUCUGGCAGAAGCUGUCCAACACCUAAACACCCUGCACACAGCGCUGAACAAUGCGGCAUAUACUCUCUUCUGGAGCACGCUCGAGAGCGACGACCUCUACGCCGAUCUAGUGGCUGAUGUACAGGGGUUCGAGGAUAGCAUGAGAGUCCGGAUCGCAGUCGUGGUAUCGCAGUGUAUGCAGGAGAUUUCCCGACCGGUCUUGGAAAGCUGGCUCAAUGUUCGAGGGAGUAAAUUGGAGGGGUUCGUGAAGGAGGUGUGUGGAUGGGAGAUUGAGGGGGAGACGGUGCGGAUACCGCUUAAUAGUGAGAAUGAGGCGAGGGGCACGGUGGUGAAGGAGGAUGUGAGGUUCGAACAGUUUGGACGGGUCCUUAAGCGUGCUUAUGAGCAGCCUGCGUAG